AUGAUCUCCUGGAAUCCAACUAACAAUGAAGUCAAAGUUCAGCUGAGCCUUUACAGACGCCAUUACCUCCAGAGAACUUCAAACCCUGACAUAUUAACACUGAACAUACAGUCAAGUAAAUAUGAGAGACUGUGCAGAGGAGAGAUUGAUAAGAGGACCUCCAGGAGGCAGAGGGCGCUGUCCUGUAGGUACAGCACAGGUGGAGGAAACCCCAGACUGAUGUAUGCACCAGUGAAAGAGGAAGUGGAGUGGGACGAGCCUCGUAUCAUCAGAUAUCAUGACAUUAUUUCAGACGGAGACAUAAAGAAUCUGAAGAAUAUCUCCAGACCUCUACUUUCUAGGUCUUUGACUAGAGCGGGUGUAUCAAAGAUCCGUACUUCUCAAAGUGUUUCUCUAGAUGAAGGCUACCCUGUGGUUGCUCGUGUCAGUCAGAGGAUUGCAGACAUCACAGGACUCUCCAUGGAAUCAGCUGAAUACCUACAAGUUCAGAAUUACGGGAUUGGUGGCAGAUAUGAACCACAUUAUGAUGCAAAGGAUAAUGAAAGGAUUGCUACAUUCUUAAUUUAUAUGAGUGAUGUGGAGAAAGGGGGCGCCACCGUGUUCCCUAAAGUUGGAGUAGCACUGAAACCAAAAAAGGGUUCAGCCGUGUUUUGGUACAACCUCCACAAGAAUGGAAAAAUGGAUUUGAAAACAGAGCAUGCUGGAUGCCCUGUGUUAAGGGGUAACAAAUGGGUGGCUAAUAAAUGGAUCCAUGAGUUUGGACAGGAGUUCAGAAGACCAUGUCCUUUGUCCUAUGGGGAGUGAAAGACACUGAGACCAUGGAGAAUUAAUAUGUAGUGCAUCU